UCCACUCUUCGUUUACUUGCAGUGCAAUUUGUCCCUUUCGCUCUUUUCUCGGCUCUGUUUUGGGGAUCUCAACCAAAACCCUCUCAUUCUCUCUCCAAUUUGAAUUUUGUCGCCAUGGCCAAGAGUUCCUUUAAGAUGGAACACCCUCUUGAAAGGAGGCAUGCAGAAGCUGCUCGCAUCAGAGAGAAGUACCCUGAUAGAAUACCAGUGAUUGUAGAAAGGGCUGAAAAGAGUGAUGUGCCUGACAUCGAUAAGAAAAAAUAUCUGGUUCCUGCUGAUUUGACUGUUGGUCAGUUUGUGUAUGUGGUCCGGAAGAGGAUCAAGUUAAGUCCUGAGAAGGCUAUAUUCAUCUUCGUCAAGAACAUUCUACCACCAACCGCGGCUAUGAUGUCUGCAAUUUAUGAGGAAAAUAAGGAUGAAGAUGGGUUCCUUUAUAUGACCUACAGCGGGGAGAACACCUUUGGGUUGUGCUGAAAACGUGUUUUACCCACAUCAAUGUGAAUAGGACUUGCAAAAGAAUAUGAAAAGAGGAUGGAAUUUUAGAUUUAGAUGUAAAUGCUCUACAGUUUCUUAUGCUCAAUGUUCUUGGAUCAAUGACUCUCUUUUAUGUUAGUUUGAUGUUCGCUGUUAAGUUUACCACGGUUUGGAUCAA